AGUCUCUACAGUCUCAGGGUUUAUAGUGGGACGGAAGCCAGCACGUUGCAUCUGACGUGGAGUGGGACUUCAGCCGCCUUCCUGCCAGCCUUUUCUCUUUAGUCUCUAACUUCCUGCCUCAAAGUCAAGAUUCUCACCCGGAACGGACAGACAUUGCGGCUUGAGGGAUCUGCGUCCUCUCUGACUUGUAACUAUUAUGGCUGGUAGCACCAUCAAGGCAGUGCACGACAUUUUUCAAAGCAUGGAGUACGGACCAUCAGCAGCUCUCAACUAUGCCACUGCACAGGCCUGGCUGGAUCACCAUUCCCGUUCUCUGGGUCUGUUCAUCGAUGGCAAGUUUGUCCGUCCAGCAGACAGACAGAGUCGCUCCCUGUCUGAUUCUAAAGGUGGAACCGUGUGCAGCACAGUGUGCGCUGUGGAGGACGAUGUUUCCCAGUGCGCCUCCUCUGCUGCUAAUGGCUUCAAGGCCUGGAGCGGACUGACCUGCAGCCAGAGGGCCAAAGUGCUGCUCAGCUUGGUGAGCGUCCUCGGGCAGCACGGACAGUGUGUGUCGGAGCUGUGUGAGCUGUGCGGGGCCUCCUGCUCGCCCUCCACCCUUGUCAGACUGCUGCAGUACUACGGCAGCUGGGCUCAGCUCAGAGACACUCUCAUCACCAACUGGACACCGCUGGGUGUGGUGGCAGUAGUUGUCUCUGAUGACUGCUCUCUCUAUUCCAUUAUGCUCAAAGUCCUGCCAGCACUGGCAAUGGGUAACUCUGUCAUCAUUGUCCCCGGUCGGAGCAGCACCCCUGCAGUGCUCCUCCUGGCGCAGCUUUUCAUGGGAGCGGGACUUCCUGCUGGGGCUCUUAAUGUUCUAACAGGAAGUGACAUGUCGCUGGGUGCCAAAGUGGCCGAGAGCCCCAGCAUCAGCUAUGUCGCCUACAGUGGCAACAAGCAGGACGGGGUGAUGCUGUGUAAGGCCACAGCAGGGAUGGGCGUUCCCGUCUCUGUCUCCCCCUGCAUCGGUGCCACAUGCCCCUUCAUCAUCUUUGAGUCAGCUGACAUCGACAGCGCGGUGGAUGGAGUAAUAGAGGCUGCCUUCAAGAAGAAAAGAGAGGUCCACUGGGUGUUAUGCGUGCAGGAGAGUGUGCUGGAGAGUGUUGUGGCCCGUCUCAGGCUGCGUAUGGUGGGGAUGAAGUGUGUGGCCCUGUGCUGUGAUGGAGACAGGGCCUUGGUGGAUGCUGCAGUACAGGAAGCUCAGCAGCAGGGGGCCACGUUGGUUCAGUCUUGCGCUGCCCCCCCUUCAGGUGCCCAGUACCCUCCCACGGUGCUCUGCGGGGCGGCCCCCUCCUCUCCAUUUGUGAUCAGCCCCUCUCCUGGACCACUGCUGCCUCUCAUGACCUUCAGAAGCAACACAGAAGCAGUGACCCUGGGAAACCACAGUCCUCAUGGCCAGGCAGCCUCCAUCUGGACUGAAGACCUCACCCUGGCUCUGGAGACAGCUAAGAGUCUGUCUGUUGGCUCACUGUGGGUGAAUUCCCACUCUGUGUCUGACCCCUGUCUGCCAGUCUCCGGUCACAAAGACAGCGGCACCUGCACUGACGGAGGACAGGAGGGUCUGUACCAGUUUCUGCGCCAGUCCUGUUCUUCCUCUCCUCCUCUACCUCGCUCCUCCCCUGUCUCUAUGGACUACUCAAUGUUUGGAACAGCAGCAUCCCCAGCCAUCAUUCCUGAUGUUUCUGACCCUGCCAGGGCUCCUAAGGCCUACCUGCAGUUUGUCAGUGGGAAGGCAUGUAAAUCAGUGUCUGGCUGCAGUGUUGCUGUGCAGUCUCCAGGGGGCGGCAGUGUGUUAGCCUACUGUCCAGAAGGAGGCCGGAAAGAUGUCCGUAAUGCCGUGGAGGCUGCAGUCAAAGUCCAGCCUGGCUGGAUGAAAAAGAGUCCUUCUGCACGUGCUCAGUCACUCUACUCUCUGGCCAAGGGUUUGGAGGCGAAGAGGCGGGACAUAGUUGUGUCAAUCAACGUUCAGACUGGUCUCUCAAUGGACGAGGCAGAGAAGGAGGUGGAGCUCAGCAUUGCCAGGCUCAGUGACUGGGCAGCUUACUGUGACAAAGUCCAAGGAGGAGCUCUGCCUGUGCCACAGUCUGGCUCUGCCCUCUCCCUCCCUGAAGCCCUGGGAGUCGUGGGGGUCGUUCUGCCUGACAAGGAUCCCCUACUCUCUACAGUAACACUUCUCGGGGCCGCUAUCGCCACUGGAAAUGCAGUCAUCAUGAUCCCCAGUCAGAAGAAUCCACUGCCAGUCUUGACAUUCAUUCAAGUGCUCCAGUCUUCAGACCUGCCAGCAGGUUUGGUAAAUAUCGUGACAGGACUUAGAGACCAGCUGACAGUGGCUCUGGCAAAUCACAGCGUCAUCAAGGCCAUCUGGUACUGGGGAAGUGCUGAGGGCUGUCAGUACCUCCAGUACACGUGCACCAGCCCUCUGAAAAUCCUGUGCCUGUUCUGCCAAAAGGACGAGGAGAGAAGGGACUGGACCCGUUCCUCGCUCCUGGAAGAGAUGUGGAGAAAUGCCGUCCAGUGGAAGAGUGUCUGGAUUCCUACUGCAUAAGAAGACAGACAGAGAGAGGGAAAAUGAAAGACAACUGUGACCUGUAGGAUGUAAAUUGAAAAGGAAGGAUCAAAAAUUAACUGUAACCAUGAAAAUCCUAAUAUGUCAAUGAACAUAGGAGUAAACGGAUAACAAAUGCCUGCAGUAAUUAACAUUCACUAAGCCUAAUGCUCCUCAAUUACUGUUGCUAUGCCUGUCAAGCUUUCUGUUCUUGAACGACAUGCAUGCAGGAUCCUUGAUUUCAGACAGAGGUUUACGAAAACAGGCUUCUCAUUUCCAGCUUGUGUCGAUUUUGCCGGCUAAAUUGAGAACUGUCACUGGCAGAAGCCUGUGAAUUGAUGAUUUGUUCCAACAUGUUAUGGCCAAUUAUUUUUGGAUCAGAAAUGAAACAUCUGUAUAAUCUGAAGCAUCAGGAAAUGUGGCAUCAAGCAGCCAACGCAGAUAAACCUGACAUCAGUAAAUUAAAGAAAAAGAAGUUAGCACAAAUCUUAACAUCACAACAAAUGUUAGUAUCAAAAUAUGCAGUACAGUCAAACAUUCAUUAGCUUUUCAGUUGGUUUCUUCAGCACCAAGGUCACAUGAAAUACUUAGAAUAUACUUAAAUAUGCAAUGAACAGGAUACCAGAAAAUGUAUUUUGUUUACUGCUGAAAGGAGGUCCUGGGAGUCCCAUGUUACUGACUGAAACCUCUAUAUCAUUUAUGGCUAUCAGAAUGUCGAGCUAUUUAACACUUACAUUAACAAAAAAAAUAUAAUUAUAUCAUAUAAAUAUCAUGCAAUUCUAUCCUAUUAUCUUUUAUUUAAAAUAUAGCUAAACAAAAUGUAAACGAAUGUAAAUAUUCGCUCCAAAUAAAACACAUCUGAUUAGUAUGCUGUCAAACAAAAGUAAAUGCCUUCAUUAGUUUAAACAUAAUGUCACAGGUCAGACAAUAGGGAUUUAUUUAGCAGGUUAUGCGUGAGUGGGCAGAACGGGAAAACAAGAUUAAAUGUCUUAACAUAUUACAUUUUGAGGUGAUGGCAGGAGGAAACAAGGCAACCAAAAGCAAGAACCAUGUCGACCUGAUAUUUGCUGUUGCAUUUCUGCAAUUAUAAACACAGGACCUGCUCACUUUCUACCUCUAUCUUCUGCUAUUAUGCUUCUUCUUCCUAUUAGUCAUCACACCUCUGCUUGGUUUGUUACAAGUAAUUUGAUUUUAAGGUCAGCAUUUAAUUUUCCAGGAAGACUUUAGAAAGAGCCCUGGAUCAGAUAGUUUUCAUUAGACAACAGGUAUUUGUGGUGUGUCAUAAAGUAUCAGAGACAUGGUAGAAUCUGUCAUUGUUUUUUUUGUAGUAACAGUGGUGUUUUUUACUAUAAAUGCAUCCCUUUUUCUCCAGUUCUCCAACUUGAAACCUCAUCUGCCUUAGAGGUCUGUCAAUGACAGAGAAAAAUCAAUCAAUCUUGUGUCAUCUCAACUGAAACGCUAAGGUACUGUACUGUACUGUCUUUAUUACUGUACAAUGGUACUGUAGCUUUUAGCCAUAGGGGUACACUGGGCGCAAACAUUCCCAGGAAAAUCUAGUUUGUAGACACCAUCAAAUUUGUUUUUCCAGAGAAUGACAGUGUGGGUCUCACUGUCUAAAAGCCAUAAUAAAAAUAUCAUUUAAUUAAUUUA